AUGCAUUCUUACACGUUUGAACAAAAUCAAUCAUUAUCGUCGUCAACAAAUAAUUCCACAUCUGCUGUGAUAGUAAAUUCAUUUAUAUCACCCGUGAUGUUAGUUUCCUAUACUCUGUUAGCAUUUUAUUGUAAUGCUGUAUUGAAUACUGCGUUCAAUGAUUUACGUUUAUGUUAUCCAUUAUCAAUUGUUAAAAUAAGAGAAGUUUCACUAAUGAGUUCAUUAUAUAAAAUAUCAAAAAUAUUAUUUGUUUAUUAUAAUUUUGAAAAAGUGACACUAACUAAAUUAGAAACGGAACAAUUUCUUAAUUUUUUAAAUAUUUAUGCAACUAUCUUGAUAUUGUAUAUGAAGAAAAACUAUUGA